AUGAAGUUUGUCGCCCACGACGCCACCCCCGAGCUCAGAUGUGUCGACGUCAAUCGCGACUACGUCAUCACCGGUGGCGACGGCCUCGACGUCUACCCAACUCUGCUGUUGAGUCCCGAGCACGUGACGCUUACCCCCCACCACAUCGACCACCCCGCCAUCGUCUACACCGUCGCCAUUAAACCUACCAACAAUUCGGUGGUGUUUGGCGAUAAUGACGGCCAUCUUUGGUUCUACGAUAUGGAUGACGCCGACAGUGCCCCCAGAAAACUCUAUCCCAUGGUGGAGCGCAGCUCGCGGCCCCAGAUCGUGCUGAUUGCCUGGGACCCGUGUGGCCACAUCUUUGCCUUCAGUACCGAUGAUGCCAAAGUGUGGAUUUAUGAUCUCAUGAGACAAACCAUACAGGAGCUCACCACGCUUGAUCGGACCAAAGAGAAACCGCUGAUCCAGCGACUGUUGGCAUUUGACCCUACAGAGAACUAUCUUGUCACUUGUGGCGACGAUACUAUGGUCUACGUCUACCAAUGGUACACUAGUGUUGGCAAUUACAAGUUCAGACUCGUCCACAAAAAUACCAAGCUCGUCAACUCGGUGCCGCUCCUUUGUGACCAACGCCGCAUCUCGUGGCUGCCUGAUGGCGAGCUUGUCGCCAUUCCUCUGGCGCUGAAGCAGCAUACCACUCUUAUUUCACUCAUGUCGCUUUCCCAAGGAUGGAACCAUCGUGUCAGUCUCGUUGGCCAUGGUGUCGGCUGUGCUGGCGCUCAGUUUAAUCCGAAGGUAUUCACGUCAGCUGAACCGGCGACAGGCGAAACAAUCUAUUUCAUUUUGGCAUCGAUUGACACCAAUCGCAACUUGGCCAUUUGGAACACCACUAAAGAAAAGCCUAUCUCCACUCUAUCGGAAGUGUUCAAGAGCGCCGCGGUGGAUUUAGCCUGGCACCCUGAUGGCCAACUUUUGGCGGUGGUCUCACCUGAAGGCAAGUUGGGCGUAGCCUACUUUGAGCCCAAGGAGCUCGGAGUUGAGGUGGGCCCUGAAGUGCUCAAACAAUUGAAAUCAUUACAUGAUGAACACGUGAAGCCGAUGGAUUUCAAAUACAGUGAUGCACCGCCUCAAAGAGGCAAGAAAGCUCAAGCAAUUGAGAUGGUCGACCAACUGCAAGCUAUCGACGUUCUUAAAGAAAAGCCGGAGUCCGGGUCAACCGAAGUCGUCAAGGAUGAAAAAAGUUCAACACCCGCAGCGCCGACUGAGGAGGAUAAAUCUCCGGUGUUUGGCGAAAUUGUACCUGAGAUUCCCGAGGUGGACACCCAAAUCAAGUCGGAAACUCCUUCGACACCACCGACGACAGCUGCCCAACCCAAAAGAGGCAAGAAGCGCGUCACUCCCGUCACCGCCUCGGCAACUAAUCAAAAAGUCACCACAAAAGAUGGUAAGAAGCGAGUGAAACCUACCCUUAUAUCAAACGGCACAUCUCUGGCGCUGGCGCUGGUGCCGGCGAUCUCAUCCUCAAUUGAGCAAGAUCUGGGAAUUCCAAAGUCGCUCAUGGAGUUGAAUAAGACCAGCUAUGGUGUCAGUGAGGCUUACGCAAAACAGAUCAAACGAUCGAAGCAAGAGGAAGGGACCAGCAAGAAGCUAAAGCGGGACCUUGAACCCGUGAAGUUUAUUGGUCUGGUUAUGGUCAAUCCCACGAUUGCAUUCUCUAAAGUGAGACUUGCUACCCCCAAAGUUCGUCUUCAUAUUCAGGUUGGUACUCCGAAUGGUACGUUGGAGAUCAGAAACGGUAGUGGUAAUGAAACCAUGCCGACGAGAAUCUCGUUUCUUAAAAAGGAGCGCCAAGUGUGGUGUGAUUUCAUCCCGCGAUACGUUCAGCUUGUCACCACUAGCGAUGAGUUUUUGGCUGUGGCUACACUGGAUGGUCAAAUCAUUAUUUACGCACAGGAUCUGGGCAGAAGAAUAUUACCCCCAAUGAUGCUUGGAGCGCCAUUGGUAUUCUUUGAAAGCCAAGGUCCGUACCUUAUGGCGGUGACUCUGGUGGGUGAGCUUAUGGUGUGGGAUGUGACUCAGAAAAAGAUCCAUCUUCUGACAACGCUUGCCCCCGUGUUGGAGUUAUCAGCAAAAUUCCAGGAAGACGGUCUUUCUAAAAGUGACAAUAUCACUAUGUGUCUGGUGCUGGAGAAGGGUACUCCCGUGGUCACGUUGUCCAAUGGUGCCGGCUACUUAUACAACACGGGCAUGGCAGUGUGGCAAACGGUCUCUGAGCUGUGGUGGCUUUUUGGGUCGCAUUAUUGGGAUCUGAAUGAAGAUGGUGAUGCUAGCGCCAAGAAGGAUGGUGAUAAGGAAGGACUGAUUCUUGAUUUACUUGAACAUCGUACUAAUGAUGAGGUCAUCCGCAAGACCCGUACUGGACGGGGCAAGUACUUCAACAAGAUCAAUAAGAACAUGAUGAUGAAAGAAGGUUACGAAGAUCUCGAAAACUCCAUCUCCAUUUCUCAUUUGGAAAACCGCAUGCUUGUGUCGCAAUUACUUGGUGAACAGAAAGAGUUUUACAAACACUUCCAAACUUAUUGCUCGCGUAUUUGUGAGCUUGGGUUAAAGACUAAGUUGUUUGAAGUGUGUCAACGGUUACUUGAUCCCAGUACCCCGCAGUUUACUGAUAAAAGCAAUCAUGAUCUCUUGCGUGAGGUGGUGGAACUGUGUUCUAAGCACCGUGAUGUUCAACGCAUUUUGAUUCAUUUUGCGAAGAAGUUGGAAUUAGUCUAG